UCUCUCAUGUUUUGUUGCCUUGCAGUGUGUGCCCGGGGCACAGGGUAUCCCUCAGCCCAUGUUGCCCACCGGCAUUGUAAAAGCCUUUCCCAAGAGGAAGAAGGCAUGGGAUGGGGCGGAGCAGGUCCCCCCAAAGAUCGAGAAGGAGCCGGAGGCGGGGGGCCCUGAGGUUUGGCUGGCGUCUGUCAUUGCCUAUGUGCUGCCAGCGGGCAUGGGCCGGGCCAGGGCUGAAAUCUUCCACAAGCACAUCGUGCAGCAUGGGGGCCGUGUCUGCAGCCAGCCCUCGCCAGAGGUGACACACAUCAUUGUGAACGAAGGCAUGGAUGGAGGCCGGGCACUGCGGCUCCUGCGACUGGCUGCACUGCCCCCCAGCGUACGGCUGGUGACAGCCGCCUGGCUGAGCACGUGCAUUUCCGAGCGGAAGCUGCUGAGUACUGCUGGGUACGACGUCUUGGUCCCGGACAGUCCUCACAUGCCCAGCUCUGCUCAGCUCCAUGUGGUUGGUGGCAGGUCCCUGGAUGCACCGGAGAGGCAGACCUGCCAGAAGUCUCCCCUGGGCAAUGGGGAUGUCCAGCCCCAGGCACCAAAUGAGGCCCUGGGGCCAGAGGCUGAAGCACAGGUGGACGCCUCAGGGCAGCUGCUAGCAGAGGAGACAGGACCUCCAGCACAGAGAGUCUCUGAGGAUGAGGGAAGCGACAUGGAGGAGCCCAGUGUCACCCCAGCUGACCUGGAGGCACUGAUUUUGGGGCAUUGCCCCCCAACUCCAUCUGAAGGCUCUGCAGCAACCUCCCCACCUGUCGGCAGGUGGGUCUGUGCUCAGUCCUCCCACACCAGGAAGGAGAAUCACAACCAGUGCAUCACAGAGAAGCUGGAGGUGCUGGCGAAAGCCUACAGCAUCCAGGGAGAUAAGUGGAGGGCCCUGGGCUAUGCCAAAGCCAUCAAUGCCCUCAAGAGCUACCACAAGCCGAUCACGUCCUACGAGGAAGCCUGCAAGAUCCCUGGCAUCGGGAAGCGGAUGGCAGAGAAGAUCCAGGAGAUCCUGGCCAGCGGGCACCUGCGGAAGCUGGACCACAUCAGCGAGAGCGUGCCUGUGCUGGAGGUCUUCUCCAACAUCUGGGGCGCAGGUAUCAAGACUGCCCAGAUGUGGUACCAGCAGGGCUUCCGCACGCUGGAUGAGAUCCGCACCAAGGCCUCCCUCACCAGUCAGCAGGCCAUCGGCUUGAAGCACUACGAGGACUUCCUGGAGCGCAUGCCUCGUGCAGAGGCAGCUGAGAUAGAGCAGACGGUGCGGGAGGUGGCCCAGGCCCUGGAUCCUGGACUGGUGUGCGUGGCCUGUGGCUCCUAUCGCCGCGGCAAGCCCAGCUGUGGGGACGUGGAUGUUCUGGUGACCCACCCCGAUGGGCGCUCUCAUCGUGGCAUCUUCGCCAAGCUGCUCAACAGCCUCUGGCGCAGUGGCUUCCUCACUGACGACCUGGUGAGGCAGGAGGACAGCGGUGGUCAGAAGAAAUACCUGGGCGUGUGUCGGCUGCCCGGGCCAGGUCGGCACUACCGGCGCCUGGACAUCAUCGUGGUGCCCUAUGCCGAGUUUGGCUGUGCCCUUCUCUACUUCACCGGCUCGGCCCACUUUAACCGCUCCAUGCGUGCACUGGCCAAGACCAAGGGCAUGAGCCUGUCAGAGCACGCGCUCAGCACGGCUGUGGUCCGCGGCCCCAGGGGUGCCAAGGUGGCACCUGGCUUCGCCCUGCCUACCCCCACUGAAAGGGAUGUCUUUGCCGUGCUGGGGCUGCCCUACCGUGAGCCGUCUGAGCGAGACUGGUGACAGCUGUGAAUUCGGUGUCCCCCACUGCUGCUCCGUGGGGUGCAGGGUCAAUCCCCCAUGUGCACGGGGCAGGGAGUGGGGUCCCCAUCCUGGCCUUGCCCCCAGCGGUGUUGGGGGUGGAGCCCUGCCCACACCUGGCAGUGGAACAGGGUGGGCUCACAGCUCGGGGAGUCCUCCUUGCUGCUGGAGCCAUGAGCGAGGCAGGGAUGGGACUGCCCUAGUGCUGAGAGAGGCUUUCCAGGAAGCUGCAUCCACCUUGGGCUGGUGGAAAGAGUGUCUGGCCUCUCUUCAGGGCUUGGGCCAGGCCUGCUGGGGAGUCCCUGCUGGCACCGGUGCUGGGAGAGGAAUGUCUCUCCCCAUGGGGUUUGAAUGUAGCUUGGUGCAUUGGGGAUGUGUGUCUGUGGGCUCCACUGGUGGCUGUGCCCAUUGUCCCUUGCAGUGGCCAGAGGGUACCUCUGGUACCUCUGCCAGGGCAGCACUGCUGUGUAAGCCCAACCCCACGUCAGCUGGGGAGGGGGCAUGUACUUCUUGUAGCUGAAUAGCCCAACCCCCUGGGCGAGGGUUAUAUCCCCUUCCUCCCCCAGGCCCUGGGGACUCCCUGUCUUCUCUCAGGAGGGGAUCGGAUAUGCCUGGGGACUUUCAAGAGCCCUCCCUGGGUGCUGGAGCCCUCACCCUGUUGUGCUGCCUCAGGCCCCCGGCACUGCUGCUGUCUCUGAGCUGGGGCCCAGCACCUGCUGCUCAUGGAUGGUCCCCAAUGGGCCCUUCUCUGCCCCAGUGCCCCUGGGAGUGCAAUAAACCCACCCCCGUUGGACCCU